AUGCCAUCGUCUCUGGUAAUCCCAGCCAAGAACAUGGUGGUUCUGAUGGUUGUAGUGUUGCUAUCCACUCAGACUAUAUGGAACCAGAGUAGAUCCAUUGAAGCAGUUUCAAAGCCUCCUCGGGAUCCUCUCCCACUGGAUGGUGGUUUCCGUCUGUGUCGAAUCAAUCCUGAACCUGUCUUGGGACAAGAUAAUGUGGAGAUGCCUGGUUUGGAACUGCCCAUGUCAUUCCAAUGUACAGGAGAUCUCUACGAUCAAUUUGCCACUCUUCUGGAACAGGUGAUCCAGAAGAGGGCUGUCAAUGGAUCCCAAUGGGGAAAACGAAAGACCAUCCUUCCUGCUAGCAGAGCAUCCCGUUCUAGAUCUGUUUUAAUCAUGGGGAACUCUCACACUCGGCAACUGGCUAGUACCAUGCUCUGUCAGUACAAGGAUCAAAUUAUGAACACAACAACUCUCUAUACCGUCCCAGGGUUUGUUGCCAAUGGAAUACUCCGGUUCCAAAUGAAGCACGAUCUCACGAUUUAUGUCACUACCAACUGUCCGUUUGUCUACUCACCCAACUGGGAUCAAAUUCUAAAUUCGAUACUCCCUCAACCACUCUCCGCCAUGGAUGCCAUUAUCAUGGGAGAAUUCAACUCAUUUUCCGAUUCCAGCGGCACCAAUCAUUACAAAAUGAUGAUGGCUUAUCAAAAAGAACACCCUAACAGUACUAUUGAUUUUGAAACCAUUCCACCGCCCACUGUCCAAGACUUGGCCGACAAGUACACUGGACCCAUCAUUCAUGUUUCCAUGUUUGCCAAGAGGAGUGCUGGUCGCUCCAAUCGAAUGAUGAAACAAUUCCAAAAUGAAACCAGUCGUACCAAUGUCCAGUAUGUCAAGGGGCGAAAGUAUGUUUAUGCCAUGCAAGAGUUGCAGGCCGCUCCUGCCAAGCAGAACAGGAAUCGGUUCUUGCAACGAUUAUUAUUCUGGUCAACUCGACCACCACCCCUCUAUGAAUGCAGCUCGGACCAACGGACAAAAGUGGGAACCUGCAACACCGAAGUGAACAGUCCGCGGUUCUCCAAUGGACAUCGAUGCAUUGGCAGUCGAGGUGGACAUCCCGACUUGAUUGCCUGGGAUGUCGUCCAGGCCCUCUACAAACUAUUGCCCAGCUAG